CUUUACCCAAAAAGAUUCUGAAACUUUUUAUCAAAGUUGGGAAAGAUUCAAAGAUCUUUUAAAUGCUUGUCCUCAUCAUGGUUAUGAAAAUUGGCGUUUGAUAAGUUUUUUUUAUGAAAGUUUGACACCUAAAAUGCGCCAAUUUGUACAAACCAUGUGUAAUGGAGAAUUUUUUGACAAAGAGCCUGAGGAAGCAUUUGAAUAUUUUGAUUACCUUGCUGAAAAUGCUCAAUCUUGGGACACAACUGAUGUGCAUGAUAGGUCUAGGCAAGUUGAGUCUGGUCAUGGAAAAUAUACUUUGAAAGAAGAUGAUGAUUUGCGUGCUAAAUUAACUUUGUUGUCUAGAAAAAUGGAAGCUAUGGAAUUAAAAAAGGUAAAUGAAGUGCAUGAUGUCCAUAAAAAUUCAGAGAAGUGUAGCAUAUGUGAGGAUCAUGGGCAUUCAACUAAUGAGUGUCCCACGAUCCCCGCAUUCAAAGAGGUAUUGUUAGACCAAUCUAAUGCUGUAAAUAUGAUACAAAAACCAUAUUCUGGUCCUUAUUCUAAUUCUUAUAAUCCAGGAUGGAGAAACCACCCAAAUUUUGGGUGGAGGAAUGACCAGCAAGUAGCUCCAGCAGCCUUGGCUCCGGGACCCUCUCAACUCGCAAUUCAAGCACCUCCAAUGCAAAAGAGGGGAUUUGAAGAGACAGUACAGCAAUUGUCAAACACCUUGCAGCAGUUUAUGCAAGGUCAAGCAACAAUCAACAAUCAAAACUCUCAAGCGAUAAAUGACAUUCGGAGCACACUUACAAAGAUGACUACGGCAUGGAGCUCUCAAGAGAAAGGAAAACUUCCUGCACAACCUCAACCCAAUCCACAAAGUCAGCCACCACAAGGGGCAGUUGAGAGUUCAAAUGUGAGGCAAGUGAAGGCGGUCACCACUUUGAGAAAUGGUAGGGUAGUGAACAUUCCGGCUCAAGGUUCAGACAAUGCUGGUAAGGUCUCUAAACCUGUACAAAAUGAGGCUGAAAAUGGUGAGUUUGAACAAAAUGAAACUGAAACUGAAAAGAUUUCAUGUCCUGUACCUGCUCCUUUUCCUCAAAGAUUGGUUCCUCUGCACAAAGACAAACACCAAUCUGAAAUUUUAGAAAUAUUCAAGCAUGUGAGGAUUAAUAUCCCUUUGUUAGAUGCUAUUCAACAAAUUCCUGCAUAUGCUAAGUUUCUAAAAGAUUUGUGUACGGUUAAAAGAAAAUUAAAUGUGCAAAAGAAAGCUUUUCUUACUGAGCAGGUCAGUGCCAUAAUUCAGAGCAAUACCCCACCAAAAUAUAAAGAUCCCGGUUCACCAACAAUUGCUUGUGUUAUAGGAAGUUCAAAAAUUGGUCAAGCAUUGUUAGAUCUUGGUUCAAGUGUGAAUUUACUGCCUUAUAAUGUUUAUGAGCAACUUGGUUUGGGGGAAUUAAAACCAACUCCUAUCAUUUUACAACUAGCGGAUAGGUCUAUCAAAAUGCCAAGAGGAGUUGUUGAGGAUGUCUUGGUUCAAGUGGAUAAAUUCUUUUAUCCCGUUGAUUUUGUUGUGUUGGAUGUUCACUUGACACCAAAAUCUUCUUUUCAAGCUCCUGUGAUUCUUGGGAGACCUUUUCUUGCUACUUCAAAUGCAUUAAUAAAUUACUUGGAAGAUGUACAAGAAGUGAAUUUGUUGGAAAGCAUCCUUGAGGAGGAGACUUAUUUGGCAUACCAGCCCACUAACCUGCUGUUUGAGUUAGAAAAUUUUUGUGAACUCCUCCCUGAUGACACCCCCAUUGAUGUUUCUCAUGUUUUUAAUGCAGAAAAUAAAUUGGAGACUAAAUGGAGGCCAAAGAUUGAGCAACUCCCACCGUUGACAGCACAUGAAGUUCCAAUACUAGAGCUGAAGCCAUUGCCAAGUGACUUGAAAUAUGCAUUUUUGGGACCGGACAGCACCUUUCCAGUGGUGAUUUCAGCCCAACUCUCUCAUGACCAAGAAGGGAAAUUGAUGGAAGUCUUAAAGCAACACAAAGGUGCCAUUGGGUGGAAAAUCGCAGAUAUAAAAGGUAUAAAUCCUCUUGUGUGCACUCAUAGGAUUUAUUUAGAAGAAAAUGCUAAAGUCUCUAGGGAGAUGCAAAGGAGAUUAAAUCCUACCAUGAAAGAGGUGGUAAAAACAGAGAUUUUGAAAUUACUUGACGUGGGAAUCAUAUACCCUAUUGCGGACAGCAAGUGGGUAAGUCCCAUUCAUGUAAUACCAAAAAAAUCUGGGCUUACCAUUGUGAAAAAUGAGAAAGAUGAACUGAUUCCUACUAGGAUUUCUACUGGUUGGCGAAUGUGUAUAGAUUAUAGGAAGUUGAAUGCCGCCACUAGGAAAGAUCAUUUCCCUUUGCCAUUUCUUGAUCAAGUGCUAGAAAAAGUUGCGGGUCAUGAUUUCUAUUGCUUUCUUGAUGGAUAUUCUGGUUUUUACCAAAUAGAAAUAGCCCCCGAAGAUCAAGAGAAAACAACUUUUACUUGCCCGUUUGGCACUUUUGCAUUUAGAAGAAUGCCUUUUGGACUAUGUAAUGCACCAGCUACUUUCCAAAGAUGUAUGCUUAGUAUUUUCAGUGACAUGAUUGAAAACUGUUUGGAAAUAUUCAUGGAUGAUUUUUCAGUGUUUGGCAGUUCUUUUGAUACAUGUUUGACUAACUUACAAGCUGUUUUAGCCAGGUGUGAAGAGAAGCAUUUGCUUCUCAAUUGGGAAAAGUGUCAUUUCAUGGUUCAACAAGGUAUAGUUCUUGGUCACAUAGUCUCAUCAAGAGGUAUUGAGGUUGAUAAAGCUAAGAUUGAACUUAUUUCCAAGCUUCCUAUACCCAAAACAGUGAAAGAAAUCAGAUCAUUUCUUGGGCAUGCUGGGUUUUAUAGGCGAUUCAUUCAAAAUUUUAGUUCUAUCUCUAAGCCCUUGUGUGAGUUACUUGUGCAUAAUGUUGCUUUUGAAUGGACCUCUUCUUGUCAAGAUGCUUUUGAUAAGCUGAAAAUUUUGCUCACCACAGCCCCUAUCAUGCAGCCCCCUGUUUGGUCUAUUCCUUUUGAGAUAAUGUGUGAUGCUAGCGAUGUAGCCAUAGGAGCUGUCCUUGGACAGCGUAGAAAUAAGUUCCCACAUGUCAUUUCUUAUGCAAGUAGAACUUUAAAUGGAGCCCAAAGAAAUUAUUCUACCACUGAAAAGGAAUUGCUUGCUGUAGUUUUUGCAUUAGACAAGUUCCGAACUUAUAUUCUUGGUUCUCCUGUAGUUGUUUUCACUGACCAUGCAGCAUUAAAGUACUUAUUGUCGAAGAAGGAUGCUAAACCACGGUUAAUCAGAUGGAUACUUCUUCUACAAGAGUUUGACCUUAUCAUCAAAGACAAGAAGGGUGCAGAAAACGUGGUUGCCGACCACUUGUCUCGGCUUACAUUUGCUGAAAAGGAUCACACUAUCCCUAUCCUUGACACUUUUCCUGAUGAACAAUUAAUGUCAGUUGAAAAUUUACCUUGGUUUGCUGACAUUGUUAAUUUUUUGGUGACAGGACAAACUCCACCCCAUUGGAGUGCGCAAGACAUACGAAAAUUCAAGCAUGAGGUGAAGUCAUUCUUUUAUGAUGAUCCUUACUUGUUUAAAUAUUGUUCUGACCAAAUCAUAAGGAAAUGUGUGCCUGAUCAUGAAACGAAUGGGCAAGUUGAAUUAGCUAAUAGGGAACUUAAGCACAUCUUAGAAAAAACAGUCAACCCCAACAGGAAAGAUUGGUCUUUAAGGCUUACUGAUGCACUUUGGGCUUAUAGGACAGCUUUUAAAACCUCUCUUGACAUGUCUCCUUAUCGCUUGGUAUAUGGAAAGGCAUGUCAUCUCCCCGUUGAGCUUGAACAUAAGGCAUAUUGGGCUAUUAAACAAUUUAAUUUUUCUAUUGACCAUGCUGGUUCUGUGAGAAAAUUUCAGAUUUCAGAAUUGGAUGAGCUUAGGCGAGAUGCAUAUGACAAUUCCAAAUUAUCAAAGGAACGCAUGAAGGUAUUACAUGACAAGCACAUCCAAAGAAAGAAUUUUGAGCCCAAUGAGCAAGUCUUACUUUACAAUUCCCGCCUCCAUAUAUUUCCAGGCAAAUUAAGAUCGAGGUGGAGUGGGCCUUAUGUAGUUAAGGCUGUGUUUCCAUAUGGAGCUGUUGAGAUUACUAAUCCUCAAAAUGGAAACACCUUCAAAGUUAAUGGCCAACGACUUAAACAUUUUUUGGCAAAACUUUCACAUGAGGAUGCUUCCAUUCCUUUGGAAGAUCCCACUUAUUCUCAGGGUCCUUAG